AUGAAUCAACCGCCCCAGUCCGGCCCUAAUGGCCCCGCAGUCAAACAGUCCCUCAAGGAAGCCAAGAGGACGUGCGAGGCGCUCGCAGCCGCCCUUGGCUCCAUGGAUAUUGCUGCGGUCAUCACGACAGACAAGACGCCGGAAGAGUACAAGCUCGCUAUCGAGUACAGGGACGAGAUUGCAGCAAUGCGGACCAUAGGCAACAACUCGCAGGCAUCGGUCCGGAACAUGCGCAUGAACGCGUCAGAAGGAGUAAUUGACAAAAAGCUCCAAAGUAUCGAUGAGGGCUACGACAAAUUCCUCGCCGACAUUGAGGUUUUGUAUGAGAACGUCGUUUUGUGGAUUGAGGACUACGAGAAAGUGCAUGGACGGAUCAGCGACGAUUCGGCCCAGAAAGCUUGA